AUGGACGACCUUAUCCUAACAGGCUCCGACACAGCUGUUAUUCGCUCUUUUAUCUCCAAGCUUCACACCGAAUUCAAGAUCAAGGACCUUGGUCACCUCAACUACUUUCUCGGUUUGGAUGCCAAGUGUCUUUCGUCCGGGUUGUUUCUUAGUCAGUCCAAGUAUGCUCAUGCUAUUGUUUCCCGUGCUGGCCUACUUGAGUCGAAGCCCGUGGCGACCCCACUAUCCCCGAGUGUCUCUUUUGUUGCAUCUGGUACACCUUAUCAAGAUCCGACCCAUUAUCGUUCUCUUGUUGGGGCUUUGCAAUAUUUGACCAUUACCCGUCCUGAUAUUUCUUAUGCCGUGAAUCAAGUUAGCCAGUUUCUUCAGGCUCCUACUAUUGAUCACUAUUAG